AUGCUUCCCUCUGGAAAAGGCAUCCAAUGUGCAUUGGAAGUAGCUGGCCUCACCAUCGGGGCCGUGGCUCUAGUCAACUUGUUCAAAGACUGCGUCGACCUCUUCUCUAUGAUCAAAGCAGCGCGUGACAUGGGAAAAUAUGCCGCUAUUCUAGAUACGAAGCUUGAUGUUGAGAAGAUGCUUUUCCUUCAGUGGUCUGAUCGGGUCGGACUGUUGAAGCAAGACUCCCCCAACGCUAACGCGGUGUUAUACAAUCCGGAUACUCGGCAUAUCGUCUCACGUGCUCUGGAAAGCGUCAAAGCUCUGUUGAGUGAAGGCCAGGUUUUGCAAAGAGACUAUGGUCUCAAACGAGCCGGUGAGUCUGCCGAGCCAACCACGGGCUACCAAGGCGCCAGCUCUUUUCGCUUCAGGAAAUUCCUCAAACAGUUUGGGGAGCUAAAAUUCAAACCAGACACUGACCGGCACAGUAACUUUAAAGUUACCAAGCAAUCCCGCUGGGUCAUCUUCGAUAAGGAAAAGAUCAAGUCGCUCAUCGAUCACUUAUCAUAUUUCAAUACAUCUAGGAUUGUUUACGGUAUGCUGUUACAACCAGACAUCUCCAACCGCCUGUUCAAAGACCUUCAACGCGAAAGUUUUAAUGAUUACGCAGUCUUAUCAGAGAUUUGGUGUCGAAUGGCUACUACAACACCUUCAGAUUCUGACGAUAUCUUCUUGAAUGCGUUAUAUCCUCUAGUUUUCGGAAACUCAAGGGGUUGCACACCUGCAGUCACACUGCAUCUCCUGUCAAGGCUCCAAUUUACAUUUGGAGAACAUGACGAAAAGUGCCGCAGAUACUGCAACAACUUCUCAUUGGCUCUCACUCUUGCCAUCGAGAUGGGCAUGGAUAAUGUCGUUCGACCUCACAUUGCUAGUAGAUUGCCAGUCUACGCGGCAUCCAAGGAAUUCCAGUCACCAAUUUAG